UGACGUCAUUCUCCAGAAGAAGAUGGCGGCGUGUAAGAAGGCGGAAGUGUCAAUGUGCGGGCCACCCUGGAGUGUGUGAGCGCCCCCUGCUGCCUGGAGGAGCUGGGCGUCGCCGCUGCAGCUUCACCAUGAACAACAAGGAAAGCACGACCGAGUCCGAGAAUAACAGCCAGAUGAAGGUGUUUCUGCCCAACAAACUCCUGGAGUGCCUGCCACGCAUCUCCACCUUACCCAAGGAGAGACUGCGCUGGAACACCAAUGAGGAGAUCGCAUCCUACCUGAUCUCGUUCGACAGACACGAAGAGUGGCUUUCCUGCACACUCAAGACCAGGCCCCUGAAUGGCUCCAUCAUACUGUACAACAGGAAGAAGGUAAAGUACCGGAAGGAUGGGUACUGCUGGAAGAAGAGGAAAGAUGGGAAGACGACAAGAGAGGAUCACAUGAAGCUGAAGGUGCAGGGAAUGGAGUGUCUUUAUGGUUGCUACGUCCAUUCCUCCAUCGUCCCAACAUUCCACAGGAGGUGCUACUGGCUCUUGCAGAACCCGGACAUCGUGCUGGUGCACUACCUGAACGUGCCGUCCCUGGAGGAUUGUGGGAAGGCGUGCGGGCCUCUGCUGUGCGCGGUGGCUGACCGGAGGGAUAGCCUGCGUUGGACUCGAGAGGAGCUGCUGUCCCAGCUCAAACCCAUGUUUCACAGCAUCAAGUGGUCCUGCAGCAACAGCAAUGGCAGCUCGGAGUUCUCCAUUGAGCAGCUGGUGCAGCACGUCCUGGACUCCCAGCAGACCAAGCCCCAGCCACGCACACACGCCUGCCUCUGCAGCACUGCCCUGGCUUCCCCUGGAGCCAACAUUCCUCACCGCUGCAACAGCACCAAACACCGCAUCAUCUCCCCAAAGCUGCCGGCACGCCCUUCCCCGUACCCCGCCCUCACAGAGGUCCAGAACCUGGCAACGGCUGAAGGGGCGGGCAAUGGAAGCGGCCAGGAGGGAGGGCGUGGUGAGCUACUGGGUGGAGGAGGAGGAGGUGCAGGGAUGGGAGGCGAUCGGAAGGGCGCCCCCCCUCUUAACCAGCCUCAAGCCCCAGUGGUGGCCAAGCUGGGGGCACGGAGCCCGGCAGUGUCUCAGGACAGCGUGGGGCUGACAGGGGUGUCCUCCCCCUGCUCUGCCUCUUCCUCUUCCUCCUCCUCCUCCUCCAGCCCGCCUCAGCCACACCGAGCCACGCCCAUAGCGCUCAGCAACGGGGGUACUGCCUGCAAUGGUUUCUAUGGCAACCAGCGGGGGCUAGCAACCGUCGCUCUGCCCCAGAAUGCCGUGAUCGUCAUGACAACCGCCAUCGGCCGGGGCGCGGAGGACUCAAAGGGCGAGCUGGGCUUCAGCGGGACCGGCACAGCAUCGCCCCGCCUCUCGCUCACGCACUCUGGCCGCCUGGUGCUCUCCCCCAUCCCCCCCAACCCCGAGACCUCGUCCCCACCCACAGUGGCCACCAGAGCCGCCCUGGCAGCCUCGCCGGCUCAGACCUCCGUCACGGCCACCGUCCCCAGCAGCGGGGCCGGCUCCCUUCCCCCAUCCAGCGCCCCCGCCGCCUCCCACUCCAUCUCACCCACCCCGGGCGUGGCCACUCUCAGCCUUACCCUGCUGUCCAGCCCUGUGGUUGGUGGCCUGCUGCUGACGGACAGGCUCAUAUCGGGGGCCGACCCUCCCGCCCCCUUGCUGCUCCCGCCCAGCUCCUCCCCCUCAUCCACAUCCCCCUCCCCCUCCCUCCUGCCCCCACCGGCCACGUCAGCCCCAUCCCCAUCCCUCCUCCCGCCCCCACCGUGCCCCCCAUCCCCAUCCAUCCCCUCACCCAGCGCCCCUCCUGCCUUCGACCCAGACUCCUUUCUCAAUAGCCCCAAGCGGGGCCAGACCUACGGCGGGCCUUCGCACCCCGACUCCCACCUGUCCCUCCCCCUUGCCACCUCCUGCUCCUCCCCGUCCCCGCCCUCCUCCUCCUCGCCGCAGCCCCCAUCCCUUGCCCUCUCUCUCUCCCCCACCUCCCCCCCAUCCUCCUCCUCACCCCCCUCCUCCCUCUCCUCCCUCUCGGCUGAGAUGGAGCGUGGGCGGAGUGGGGAGAGGGAGGCGCCCCCGCUGGCCGCCCGCCCCGCCUCCACCCCCUCCUCCUCCCCCCUCUCCCCGUCCCUGUCCCUGUCCCCUUCCCGCUCCGCCGCGCCCCUCCUGCCUCUCUCCCUGGAGUCCACCCUCGGGCUAGACGCCCUGGGGGUUCUGACGGGCGAUGCCCAGGACCAGGCACCCGAGAGGGGGCGGGGUGAGGGUGUCCUGGGCCCACCCCUGUCCCCGGGCCCAGAGGGCGUUCCUGCCGGGCCCCCCCUCCUCCAGUGCAACCCGCGGCCCCUUCCACAGACCCUCUGUGCCCCGCAGCCUUCACAGUUCCAGGGAAGGGCUGAGGGCAAGGACCAGCAGCAGAAGCAGCAGCAGCAGGUGCUCCUGCUCCGCCCGAAGCAGCUGCAGCAGCCCGGCCAGCCCCUGGUCCUGGUGCAGCCCGAGCAGCACACGCAGAUGCUGCAGCCGCAGCUGCUGCCGGCGCAAUCCCUGCAGCUGAAGGGCGGGCUCCUCUUCGUGGCCAGCGGGCAGGAUGAGGCGGCGGCCCAGCCCGCCUCGCCUGAUCCCCGGGUGCAGGUGAAGGAGGAGCAGUCGUCGCCCUUCUCUCCUUCCUCCUCUUCCUCCUCCUCUUCUUCCUCCUCGGGCCUGGGCCACUACGAGGCGGAGGAGACGCCCAUGGACACCAACAGCCCUGGGGAGGGAGCCCAAGUGCACAGGGCGGAGGACGCAGACAUCUCCGCCCUCAUCCAGAAAUGCGGGGGCAGGGCUGACGGGCCAGAGGUGGGGGGCGGCCCCCUCGAGAUCUCCUUCGACAGCCAGUUUCCGGACCUGAUUUCCGAGUUUAUCGCCGAGGACGAGGAUCACAAUGUGGCAGGCUCCGCCCAGGCACAGGCUCCACCCCUGACCCAGACUGCCACCCUCUUCCCCGCUGGGGUGCGCUACAUGGUGCCCCCCCAGCCAUCCCCGGCGUCCUCCUUCCUGCCCUUCCCCACCCUGGCCCCGGCUUCCCCAUCGACAGGCACAGGGGUGGAGGUGCGACGGCUGGCCACCAUCACAGACUUCUCCCCUGAGUGGUCCUACCCGGAGGGUGGAGUGAAGGUGCUGAUCACAGGUCCCUGGACAGAAGCUACAGGACGCUACUCCUGUGUGUUUGACCAGAGCACUGUCCCCGCCUCCCUGAUUCAGCCUGGAGUGCUGCGCUGCUACUGUCCUGCUCAUGAGGCAGGCUUAGUGGCCCUGCAGGUGCUGGAGGACAUGGGCACCGCCUCCGCGGUCUCGUCCUCCGUGCUGUUUGAGUACCGCGCCCGCAACGCCUCCUCCCUGCCCAGCUCCCAGCUGGACUGGCUGUCCCUGGAUGAUAACCAGUUCCGCAUGUCCAUCCUGGAGCGCCUGGAGCAGAUGGAGAAGAGGAUGGCAGAAAUGACAGCUGCCAACAGCAACCACCACCAGCAGCAGCAGCAGCAGCAACAGCAGCAGAGCACUCAGAACACAGCCCAGCAGCCAGCGCCUGGCAUGGAGGACAGGACCCAGCAGUCGGGCCCCUGGUUCGAGCGGCGUAUUGUGGGGGUGUGUGAGCGGAUGAUGGCUGGGGGGCAAUGGGGCGGAGGGGGAGAGAGGCUACUGCACUCUGUCCGGCACCGGGGCAUGACCCUGCUCCACCUGGCAGCAGCACAGGGGUACACCCAGCUGAUACACACCCUCAUACACUGGAGGACGGUGAACUCAGACAGUCUGGAUCUUGAGCAGGAGGUGGACCCCCUGAACGUGGAUCACUUCUCCUGCACCCCGCUGAUGUGGGCGUGCGCCCUCGGCCACCAGGGGGCGGCGGUGCUGCUGUACCGCUGGAACAGCCUGGCCCUGGGCAUCCCGGACUCGCUGGGGCGGCUGCCGCUGGCCGUGGCGCGCUCGCGGGGCCACACCCGCCUGGCCCGCUGCCUGGAGGAGCUGCACACACAGGGCGUGGCCCAGGAAAGGCGGGGUCAGGUCGGGGGGGAGAGGUCCGAGUGGGGCCACACCCACACCCCGGAGGAUCCCCCGCCACCGCCUCCUCACCUGCCCCCCUCCCCCCUCUCCACCAGCCCUGACACAGGUCUGAGCUCGUCCAGCAGCAUCCCCUCCCCCAGCGACCCCCCGUCGCCCUCCCCUAGCUCCGCGUACUCCAGCGGCUCCGUCCCCCUGGGCUCACCCCUCUACAGCCCCCCGGACCCCAUGGACACCUCGGACCCGUCUCUCUCGGCCUGCUCAUCGCCCUCCUCCCUGCCCCUGUCCUCACCCUCCCCCUCCCUCCAGCUGCCCCUCCCCCUGCCCCCCUGGGGCGAGGCGUGUGAGGCUAGGGCCCCCAGUCUGUCUGCCGGCCGGGGCGAGCCCACCUUCCUGAUGGAGUACGAGCCCACCUGCACCCCCUCACCGCCCCCGGGGCCCCCCCUCUCCCGACACUCCGCCUUCGAGGCAGAGCUGCUGAGCUACAGCGAGAACGCCGAGAACGAGGACUACCUGCCUGCGGUGGAGGAUCUGCAGGUUGACAUGGCAACUCUGGCGGAGCAGAUAAUCGAGGCCACGCCUGAGCGCAUCAAGCAGGAGGAGUUUCCCCGGGAGGCGGAGUCUCCACUGCGCGAGAGACGAGACAACACUGCCAUCCAUGACACCAUGCCCUGGCUGGCCACCUACCUGGACACGGUCGACACCCUGCCCACUCUGUCCCCGCCUAGGUGUGUGUGCCCGACACCGCCCCCCUCGUCCCGCUCGCCGCAGCCCCCCUCGCCCCUCAGUGCCCUGGCCCUCCAGAGGCUCCGCCCACCCAGCAGCGCCGCCUGGGCGGAGUUUCUCAACGCCUCGGCCAACGGGCGCAUGGAGCGUGACUUCGCCCUCCUCACCCUGACCGACAGCGAGCAGCGGGAGCUGUAUGAGGCAGCCCGCAUCAUCCAGAACGCCUUCCGCAGAUACAAGGGUCGGAGGUUGAAGGAGCAGCAGGACAUGGCUGCUGCCGUCAUUCAGAGGUGCUACCGGAAGUACAAACAGCUAACAUGGAUAGCAUUGAAGUACGCCCUGUACAAGAAGAUGACCCAGGCGGCCAUCUUGAUCCAGAGCAAGUUCCGCAGCUACUACGAGCAGAAGAAGUUCCAGCAGUCGCGGAGGGCGGCGGUUCUGAUCCAGCAGUACUAUCGCAGUUACAAGGAGUACGAGCGCCUGAAGCAGGGCCACCGCGGACCCACUGCGCUUAACACCAAGAUCAAGGGAUCUUUUCUGACAAAGAAGCAAGAUCAGGCCGCCCGCAAGAUCAUGAGGUUCCUGCGCCGCUGUCGCCACCGGAUUAAAGAGCUGAAGCAGAGUAAGGAGCUGGAGAUGAUGCAGAAGAGAGGCCUCACCACCUAGAGCCCUCCUCCCUCUCCUCCUCCUCCUCCAUCCCUCCAUCCUCACUGAAUGAGAUGGCAGAGGAGAGAGGGAUGGUGAAGGCUCCCGUAUACACACGUGGAUGCACACAUGCACACACAUAC